UGCCCUUAGAUUAGAAGUUGAAACCUAGAAUAGAAUAUAAAAGGAGAGGAUAAAAUAAUAUGGGUGCUUGACUUGUUCAUUUGUGGCGUGCGUGCAGUGAGCUUAUCGGAUCCAUCAUCAACAACAAUGGCUUCCUUAAUCAACACCAACAACCUGCUACCUCUUCACAAAUCAAACUCCAACCUUUACACACACCAUGUUCGUGUUCUUCCCUUUUCUCUCCAUUUCAAGAAACCCUCUUUUUCUUCAGCCGCUAUCGUAUGUAAGGCCGUUUCUGUGAAGCCAGAAGUCGAAGAAGCCCUUAACAUCGCCGAUGAUGUUACUCAGCUCAUAGGGAACACUCCAAUGGUGUACUUGAAUAGCAUUGCAAAGGAAUCCGUCGCUAAUAUCGCAGCCAAGCUUGAAAUUAUGGAGCCGUGUUGCAGUGUCAAAGACAGGAUUGGAAACAGUAUGAUAACUGAUGCUGAAGAGAAAGGACUUAUAACACCGGGGAAGAGUAUAUUGGUUGAGCCUACAAGUGGGAACACUGGUAUCGGUCUCGCAUUUAUCGCUGCCUCAAAAGGGUAUAAGCUGAUAUUGACGAUGCCAGCGUCAAUGAGUCUUGAGAGAAGGGUUCUUCUAAAGGCAUUUGGAGCUGAUCUUGUUCUAACAGACUCUUCAAAGGGCAUGAAAGGAGCGGUUCAGAAAGCUGAAGAAAUCGUCAACAGCACACCCAAUGCUUACAUGCUUCAACAGUUCGAUAAUCCUGCUAACCCAAAGAUACAUUUUGAGACAACUGGCCCGGAGAUCUGGGAAGACACAAAUGGAAAAGUUGAUAUAUUUGUUGCGGGAAUUGGAACUGGUGGAACUAUUUCAGGGGCUGGUCGAUUUCUCAAAACUCAAAAUCCUGAUAUUAAGGUGAUUGGCGUGGAACCUACGGAGAGCAAUAUUCUGUCUGGUGGAAAGCCUGGCCCUCACAAAAUUCAAGGGAUUGGAGCAGGUUUUAUACCCGGGAACUUGCAUCAAGACGUGCUCGAUGAAGUGAUAGAGAUUUCAAGUGAUGAAGCUGUUGAGACUGCGAAACAAUUGGCACUGCAAGAAGGGCUGUUGGUGGGCAUCUCUUCUGGAGCGGCGGCUGCUGCUGCUAUCAAGGUUGGAAAGAGACCUGAGAAUGCUGGAAAACUUAUUGCGGUUGUGUUUCCAAGCUUUGGGGAGCGAUACCUGUCCACAAUUCUUUUCCAGUCAAUCCGGGAAGAGUGCGAGGCAAUGCAAGCUUCAGCCUGAGUAUUAGUCUCUGUUUAUUUUUGUCUUUUUAACUUGAUUGUGAGUUACGAAGUAUGUUUUGGUAGGAUUUGCAAUAAAGCAUAGUAUGUGUGUGCUACAGAUUUUAUUUAUCACCCAAUAAUUUAUAAAUUUUAAUUAUUUGCAUCUAUGAUUGUAGACU